AUGCCCUGUAGUCAUAGCGUCACAUUCGACCCCACGAAAGACAUUCCUGACCUCUCCGGGAGGGUCAUCUUCGUCACUGGAGGGACCGCAGGCUUGGGCAAAGAGUCAGUCAUAGCUUUCGCCAAACAUAACCCCGCACACAUCUACUUCACCGGCCGCAACGCCACAAGCGCCACAUCUCUCCUCGACACCCUCAAAGCAUCCAACACAACCAGCGCCGUCCAAGUGGCAUUCCUCCAAUGCGACAUGGCCUCCCUCUCGUCCGUCGCAGCCGCAGCUCGCCAAUUCCUCGAGACGUCAGACCGACUCGACAUCCUCAUGUGCAACGCAGGAGUCAUGGCCACACCCGCCGGUCUUACGCAGGACGGAUACGAGAACCAAUUCGGUGUGAACCACCUCGCCCACACUCUUUUCACCAAACUCCUCCUCCCGACACUCGUUCGCACCGCAUCACAGCCGAACUCGGACGUUCGCAUCAUCUCACUCACCUCGACCGGCUAUCGGGGCCAUCCCUCCGGAGGUAUCCAGUUCGAUAGCGUGAAGACGACGCAGGACGCAGUUGGAGGUUCCUGGGUCCGUUAUGGUCAAUCCAAACUCGCGAACAUAUUAUACGCAUCCGAGCUUUCACGUCGUUACCCUGAGAUCAUCUCGGUCUCCGUUCAUCCCGGCGUGGUGGGGACGGGGCUGGUGAACGACCUUUCGUUCAUGAAGAAGCUGCUGGUGCAUGUGACGAAUCCUUUGGGGGUGAUGGAUCCGGACAAGGGCGCGUAUAAUCAGCUUUGGUGUGCGACGGUGGAGAGGGGCCAGCUUGAGAAUGGAAAGUUCUAUGGGCCUGUAGGGGUGAAGUAUACUAUGACAAGGGAGAGUGCGAACGAGGAGUUAGCGGGGAAGCUUUGGGAAUGGUCGAACAAGGAGUUGGAAAAGUGGGAGGUUUGA